AUGGAGUGGUCAGAGUUUAAAUCCUGGGUCCCUAAAGGACCUUGUGCCGAGAUGACAAAGUUGAAUUUGAAUCUAAGUACCAGUAACAGUGGUGGCAGAAUGUGUUUGGAAAUAUACAGUGUGACGAUUCAGAGAGGUUCGGGCCUGGAAAAGACCUGCGAUAAAGCAAAACCCACUUCUUCCCGCCAGGAAGGCACCGGUGUGCUGGAAGAUGGACUGUCCUCCAAUGGUGUGCCCCGAUCUACAGCCCCAGGUGGAAUAUCCAACCCAGAGAAGAAGACGAGCUGUGGAACCCAGUGCUCAAAUCCUCAGAGCCUCAGCUCAGGCACUUUGACCCAGAAACACAACGGCCUUCGGACCACAGAGGCUAAAUGAGCUGCUAAGCGAAUGCCUGCAAAAGAAGUCACCAUGAACGUCACAGAGGGCAGCAUCCGGCAGGUGGAGGAAGUCGAGGAAUCACAGAGAACUGUGCCCACGCGGGCAGAUGGACUUCUUUGGUGCCCAUCGCAUACCGGAUCCCACAAGGAACCUGGAAGAGGAGGGUGCCCCUGCUGAUCGUGAACGCUGCUGAGUGCCUUGAGAGACUGUCUGGCCCGGCAACCGACAGCUGCCUGAGCUCUCGGGACAUUCUCGGCCCCCUGGUUUUCACGUACAUGUAUUGGCACAGUGCUCACACAGGCCAAUAAGCUGCAAAUGAGCGGCUCAGUGUGCUGCCUUGCAAUGCCUGCGCUUAGGUCUGGCUUGGGAGGGCUGAGCUAAAGCCACAGGCCGGUUUCUGAAGCAGAGAAAGGAGAAGGGGUGGGAGAGUCACGUGUCAGCUCCACGCUCUCCUGGCCACGGGUGUGUGCCUCGCUUCCGGCAAGCCUGUCCGUUCUUUCUUUUUGAAUGCCGCCACCACCAAGCUUACCGCGUUUGAUUAAAAGUUGGCUCUCACCUAACUUUAAGCCAAGAUGCAUGAGAAAUCAAGAACCAGGAAAACUCCCUGUUAUUCUUGUUUCCUGAGCCCAAAGCCCAGCACAGCCCGGCAUGUCUCUGGGAGGCCUCUAGGAGGCAGUCACACCCAUUUCCCAUCCGCCUGCCAUGCCCCCGCCCCCAUGCUGGUGUCCACAUCGGCCUUUGAACCAUAAUGUCACAGCCGUUGUGGUCGGUGCAUCCAACCAAGGACACCCCCGCGGGCUCAGCCAGACAUGGCGUUUUUCAUAGCUUUCCAGGUCCCUUGGCUUGUGUUCUCUCGCUCAAUCAGGUCAUUUGCAAUUGUUUCUGAAAGAGUGGGCGCUGCUCACGGGCGGGAGAUUAUCCAGACCAUGUCGCCUGUGCACAGGGCUUCCCUCACCCUCUCCGUACGCAGCCCAGGACUAUGGCAUCCGCAGAGGAAUCACUUUAGAAAGUCAGUACCUGGUGGACGUGCAAUCACAUUGACAUUAGAUUGACAUGCACUGUGUUAGAAAUCACGUAGCCGAUGCAGAAAAAAAAGUUUUUCUAGGAACACACAUUUCCAGCAUUUCUUUAAAUGGUUAGGUGGAGUAUUUUUCUCCAAAGUCAUGUAGCAAGGGCUUGGGAAAGAGGCCUGACGUUGUACCAAAUGAUACCAGUAAGCUCCAUGUGUGGCAGGAACAGGCAGCCGGCUGCUGUGUGCUUAUACAGCACAGUCCAGACAACCGGCAUCCGCAGGCCCCAGUCCAGAUACUGUCUCCUCACCUGCCAACUCUGUUAUUCCUCAAACACAAGCGGGCAGCGUCACUUCCUCCCUCCCUCCCUUCUCUCCUUCAGUAGAUUGCGUAUUUAUUCAUUAAACAUUAAAUGCCAACCCGGAGCCAGGCACCUGGCAGAUGCUGAGAGAUGGGCGUCUGGCCAGUCACCAUCCUAUAUCCUGAACCUGACCGUGGACUUAAUAACCAGGGACUGACGGAGACACUGAGGUCUCGUGUGUUGUGAAUGGCCCUGCGGUGUGAUCUCACGUGUAUAUUCAGGACAGGUUUCCGUCUUAAACUCUGUGUGCGUGUCCCGAUCACACAAGACUUCCACCAUACCCCAAACGACAGUUUCCUCAAAUGCCUGUCACUUUCUGAUUCUCUGAGAAAGGGCUUUUCAGCAACUUCAUGUUUUGAAAUGUUUAAUAAUAAUAAUAAUAAUAAUAAUAAAAGCAAAACCUGUGACUCCUAUGUCCCCACUGGCAUUACUGAGCAGGAGCCCCGACUGCCACAGGUGGGCGUCGCUCCUGCAAGUUCAAGGGCUCACUGUCCCAGGCCACCUGCCUUGUGUGUGUGUGUGGAGGGUGUUCCUUCACCCGGCACUGCUCUCAGCCACAGGCUAAGCCUCGUUUCUCUGCACAGCCUUGUUUUCCAUCACUUAGCUGCUCCAUGUUGCAUGGGAUUGAUCAACUUGAGAGCGUGUCUCCGUUUGAUGUAGAGACAGUUUCUCACUCCUGGGGCAGAAGGGGAUAAACGGCAUAUAUGAUCCGCCCCUCUGCAGAGCAAUCUGGGUGUCACCAAGACCAUUUCUGGAAUGUUACUGGAAAUUUGUCUGGAAAUUUUUUCAUGUGGGUGUGAUAUGGGAACUGAUUCUUACUACCCUAUUAGCAUAACACUUUCUAUGGCAACGUUCGUGUCAAUAAAGUCAUCAAUUUCAAACA